AUGGAAAACAGUGGUUGCAGUUUAUUAGUAUUGACACUCAUCUUUGGCACAACCUCUUAUGUGUUGUUCCUUCCAUCUGUUAUAUCUUCUAAUUCUUCAUCCAUAAAUCAGGAGCGACAGGCUUUGGUUCAAAGUGGUUGGUGGAAUCAUGACCAAAAUGUCUCAAACCAUUGUAAUUGGACUGGUAUCAUUUGUAAUGAAGCUGGAAGCAUUAUAGAGAUUUCAGAUUCGCAUACUAUUCCAUUUGAAUUGCGGCGGUUUCAGAACUUGAAGUUGAUUUCCUUCCUCAAUUUAAUCCGUCUAGACCUUAAUGGGAUGCAACUUAGAGGAAGUAUUGCCAAAGAGAUAGCUGCACUUUCAAAGCUUGCCUAUCUUGACCUCUCCUAUAAUCAUCUUCAAGGUAAGCUUCCUAAAGCACUUUCAAAUCUCACACAACUUGAGAACCUUUAUCUUUCAGACAAUUCUCUUAGUGGUUUUAUCCCUUCUUCUUUGGGUCAAUUGAAGAAUUUGGUCAAUCUCUGCCUUCGAUUCAACCAAAUUGAAGGCCUUAUACCAGUAGAAUUAGGGAAUUUGUCCAAUUUAGAGGAAUUAUAUAUUUCAAAUAAUUUACUUGUUGGUUCAAUCCCUUCUACUUUGGGUCAGUUGAAGAAUUUGACUCAUCUUGACCUUUGUUCUAAUCAAAUUGAAGGUCGUAUACCACUAGAACUGGGGAAUUUGUCUAGUUUAAAGGAAUUAUAUCUUUCACAAAAUUCACUCACUGGUUCAAUCCCCUCUUCUUUGGGUCACUUGAAGAAUUUGGUCCAUUUGUUCCUUGGUUCUAACCAAAUUGAAGGCACCAUACCAAUAGAACUAGGGAAUUUGUCCAAUCUAGAGGGAUUAUUUCUUUCAAAUAAUAGGAUCUCCAGUGUUAUACCUCCAAAACUUUUUCAAAUGGCAAACUUGCAUUCUUUGUCUGUCUCAUCAAAUCAAUUGCAUGGUUCAAUACCAUCAGAGAAUGUGAAUGCUAUCAGUCUUUCAAAUCUAGACCUUUCCCACAAUAUACUUUCUGGGUCUAUCCCAUCUCCUAUCCUAAUCUGUUCCCCCUUUGCUCCCACUUACAAAUCAGUGAAUUUAAGCUGCAACUUGUUAAAUGGAAGCAUCACUUCCCAAAUUAGUUGUGUUUCUAACCUUAACCUUAGCCACAAUUUUCUCAAUGGUGAGGUUCCAUAUGAUUUGGGAAGAAAUUCUUUGAUAGAAGAGUUGGAUCUUAGUUAUAAUGAUUUCACAGGUAAACUACACAAGGAACUUGCUGUUAUAGGAGAUAUAAAUCUUUCAUACAAUUCCUUUGACUUCUCAAGAGAUCUUGAUUCUGAGUCACAAUCACCAGAUUAUUGUCAUUUCAAAGAAGACUCAUUGAUCGGUUACAACACACCAAAUUUCACAUUCUGUCAUUCUGUCCACCAAACCAAUCAUGGCACUAGUAAAGCUAAACAUUUCAUUCUAAUUUCUCUUCCUAUCAUUUGUUUCAUUAUUCUUGUACUUCUUUCAACAUUAUAUUUCACAAGAUGUACUUCUAAGAUCAAAUUUGAAGGAAGAUCAACAAAGAAUGGAGACUUGUUUUCUAUAUGGAACUAUGAUGGUAAAAUUGCAUUCGAAGACAUCAUUGAAGCAACUGAGGACUUUCACAUCAAGCACUGCAUUGGAACUGGUGCAUAUGGUAGUGUCUAUAGAGCACAACUGCCGAGUGGCAAGAUUGUUGCAUUGAAGAAACUCCACCAAUUGGAAUCUCAAAAUCCAUCUUUUGACAAGAGUUUUCGCAAUGAGGUCAAGGUGUUAACCGAAAUCCGUCAUAGAAACAUUGUAAAGCUUUAUGGCUUUUGCCUCCACAAUCGAUGCAUGUUUUUGGUCUAUCAAUACAUGGAAAGAGGUAGCUUAGUGCAUGUCUUAAGCAACGGUGUGGAAGCUGAGGAACUGAAUUGGAGUAAGAGGGUGAAUAUCAUUAGAGAAAUGACACAUGCUUUGUCCUACAUGCAUCAUGAUUGUACCCCGCCAAUUGUUCAUCGGGAUGUAUCAAGUAGCAAUGUUUUGUUGAACACACAAUUGGAGGCUUAUGUCUCAGAUUUUGGCACAGCUAGACUCCUUGAUCCUGAUUCUUCAAAUCAAACCUUAGUAGUUGGCACAUACGGGUAUAUUGCCCCAGAGCUUGCCUACACAUUGACUGUGACAGAAAAAUGUGAUGUUUACAGUUUUGGAGUGGUAGCAUUAGAAACAUUAAUGGGAAGACAUCCAGGAGAGCUAAUCUCAUCUUUAUCAAACUCAUCUACUCAUAAUAUGUUGUUGAAGGAUAUCUUGGACUCACGUCUUCCCCUUCCUUUCUCUCAAAAGGAUGAGCAAGAUAUAGUGCUUGUGGUAACACUAGCAUUGGCAUGUUUGUGUUCCAAACCAAAGUCCAGACCUUCAAUGCAACAUGUGGAUCAGGAACUCUCUUGUUUCAAACAGCCACUUCCCUUGCGUUUUGGUGAAAUCACAAUCAUUCAGUUGAUGACUCCAGAUAUAUCUUCUAUCACCUGA